UCAAAACAAAAAGAAGAGAUUUCAGAGUAAGAUGGCUCGGGGUAAGUCUACUGGAGGUAAGGCACCAAGGAAGAAGCAACUUGCAACUAAGGCUGCGCCAACCACUGGAGGAGUGAAGAAGCCUCCGCGUGGUGUUGCAAGGAUGUGUGGAAUCAAGCAGCCAUCUGCCAGGAUAACUUCCCAUUCGAAAAUCAGCUGUAUAAAACACAUCGAAAGCCAAUUGAAGGGUACUCCAUAUCUAAAAGUGUUGGAAGAUAGUUGCUUUGGGCAUCUUAGACACCUGCCAGAGAUCAGCUUGUAUGCAAAUGUCAUCUACAAUGUACUAUUGCAGAGAAAGUAUCCAUCUAAGAAGGACAAGGAGGAGAAGGAUGCCAUGUCCUUUAAUAUUGGCAAUCAGGAGAUAUGUUUUGGUGAACGAGAGUUUGCAAUGAUGUCGGGGUUGAAGUUUCAGGGGAGUGAAAAAAUAGACUACAAUCCUGAACAAGUACGUCUCAUGAAAGUUCAUUUUCCUGGUCAGCGUAGUGUUAAGUUGGAAGACUUGAUAAAGAAAUUCAAUCAACUGAAGAACAGUGAAGACAAAAUAAAGCUAGGCUUGCUUUAUAUUGCUGAAUCUGUAAUAAUGGGCCAUAAGUCAAGGUGUAUUGUAAAUAAAGGUCGUUUCUUCUUAGUUGACAACCUCGAGGAGUUUAACCGCUAUCCUUGGGGAAAGCUCUCUUUCAAACUGACAAUAAAAUGUCUUAUCUGUCUAUCAGAGAAGAAAAAUGUUUCUAAAUCCAAACACAUGCUUGGAAAAGUGGCUCACGAUCUGCAAGGAUUCCCUCAUGUUUUUCAGUCUUGGAUUUUCCAUAGUAUACCAGUAUUUCAACUGGCAUACACUGAAAAAAAUGAUGAUUGCCCUCAGGCCAUUCACCCUCGUAUCUUGCAUUUGAAAAAGGGUAAGACAGCACCAUGGCAUAAAACAAGCCGCAUGGAAUUGAGCAAUGUAAAGAGUAAGGUUUUACACCCUACAUUGGAUGAACUAAAAGAAGGCUACAUGGCUGGAUUUCUAAGUGAUGAGGAGGUUUCAGGAGCCAAUGGGCCUCAAAAUAAUUCAGGCAUCCAAUCGCUAAAUGGCGAAGAUUAUGCUACCGAACAAUGGGAAGAUGAUUCCAGCUCAACAAAUUCCUUGAAGGUCGAUAAGCAAAAUGGCACCACGAUCAAAGAAGUUAUAACUUUAUCAGGUCGUGUGGAUCAAAAUGUUGAAUCUCUAGAGUACUUGAAGUUGAAACUGGGAAGCGAAAUUGAAAUCCUUAAGAAAGAGAGCUCUGCAGUGGAAAGUGAUGUCGGAUUCCUCAACAAAAAAAGGGAGGAAAUGGAGACUCAUCAUUAUAAGCUCUUAGAAGAGAAGGCUAUACUUAUCAAGGAGAAAUCAGAACUCCGAAGAGAUAUUGAGUCACUUAACAAGGAGAAGACUAAAUUGAGUACUGAUACUGACUUACUCAAUAAGGAGAAGGAAAAAUUGGAAUGUGAUUUUGGUAUUCUCAACAAACAACAUCAGAAAUUGCAAUUUGAUUUUGAGAUUUUAUACAAAGAGAAAACAAAACUAGGAAAUGAUGUUGAGUUACUUAGUAGGUACAAAUCUGAAACGAAAACUGGUUAUGAAAUUCUCAAAGAUGAGAAGAAUAAGCUAGCCACUGAUUUAGAAUUCACCAACAAAGAGAAGGAUAAGUUGCGAAAUGACGUUGAACUUCUCAAUGAGGAGAAGGACAAGUUGCUAUCUGAUGUUGAAUUUCUUAAUGUAGAGAAGGCUAAAUUGGGAGCUCAGUCUGAGUUACUUAGCAAGGAGAAGACAAAAUUGCAGAGUGAUUUUGAAUGUCUCAACAGAAAAAAGUCUACAGUACAAGGUGAUAUUUGUUCGCUCAAUGAAAAGAAGACUUCAUUGCAAGAUGAUAUUUGUUCGCUCAAUGGAGAGAAGAUUACAGUACAGGAAGAUAUUUGUUUGCUUAAUGAAAAGAAGACUACAGUACAUGGUGAUAUUCGCUCGCUCAAUGAGAACAAGACUACUCUGGAAAGUGAAAUUAAAUCGCUUAGCAAUGAGAAGUCUAACUUGGAAAACGAGACUGAUUUGCUUGGCAAGGAGAAGAUGAAAUUGCAAAGUGACAAGGAUAGAUUGCAAAUUGAGAUUGAAUUACUUAGCAAUGAGAAGACUGACUUGGGGAAGGAAACUGACUUGCUCACCAAGAACAAAACGAAAUUGGAAUGUGAUUUUGAGAUUCUUUACAAAGAGAGUACUACAGUGAAAAGUGAUGUCGAAUUAAUCUACAAAAAGAAAACAAAACUAGGAAAUGAUAUUGAGUUACUUAGUAGGGAGAACUCUGAAAUGGUAACUGGUUUUGAAUUUCUCAAAAGAGAAAAGUCUACAGUACAAGAUGAUGUUUGUUCGCUCAAUGAGAAGAAGGCUUCGAUACAAGAUGUUAUUUGCUCGCUCAAUGAAAAGAAGACUUCGAUACAAGAUGAUAUUUGCUCGCUAAAUGAGAAGAAGACUGCGAUACAAGAUAAUAUUUGUUUGCUUAAUGAAAAGAAGACUGUGAUACAAGACGAUAUUUGCUCCCUCAAUGAAAAGAAGACUACGGUACAAGUUGAUUUUCGUUCACUCAAUGAAAAGAAGACUGUUCUGGAAAGUGAAAUUGAAUCGCUUAGCAAAGAGAAGACUAACUUGGGAAAUGAGACUGAUUUGCUUGGCAAGGAGAAGAUGAAAUUGCAAACUGAUAUUGAAUUUCACAAUAAAGAGAAAGCUGAAUUUAUUCAUUCUGUGACGGCUGAUCUUAGUAAGUCCUUUUAUGAACGUGAAAAAGCAUUGGCUGAGAAUGAAAAAAUGUUCAUAGAGCUUAAAGAGAUGAACCACGCAUUGGUUGCCAAGGAACGGUGUUACACUGAAGAGCUUCAGGGAGCUCGCCAAGUACUUAUCAAGCAAAUGGAGUCAGAAAAGUCAACCAAAAGUAGGGUGAUUGGAGUAAAGAGAAUGAGAGGAGAUCAAGUGCUAUGGAAUUUUAAGGAGAAGAAGAGAGCCACACUGAAGGAUGUGAUUAGUUUUCAAUUGAACCGUACAGAUAAGUAAAAGAGACCAACUUCUACAUGUGUCUUGUGCGAGAAUGUGGUAAUGUCUAGUUUUUGGGUUUUCUUUGGGUACACUAGUGGGAGGAUGCUAACAUAAUAUCUAAUUGUAAAUGAUUGUGAAAGAAUUAGGUGACGAGAAAAUGAUAGAUGCGGAAUGAUAUGAUAUAGAUGUUAAUGGUCUGCUCAUGGUAUGGAUCUGAAUUUCAAACUUGUAAAAUGUUUUGAA